AGACCUUUCUCUCUCUUUCCUCUUUCUUCUCUCUUCUAUAUGAAAAUCAAACCACCACCCAACCCGGACCCAGAACACCCCGACCUCUCCUCCAUCUACUCCUUCCUCCAAUCCUCUCUCCACCACCAAAUGAACAAUGAUACCACCAAGAAACGGCGCCGCAAGACCGACGGCGACGGAGCCCCCCCGGGAAAGCAGGGAAAGAUGAAGGACCUCAAGGGGAUCAUCACUACUCUAUCGCUUCGAGAACAGCAGGAGAAGCAGGAGGAGAAGGUCUCAAAUGACGACACGUCGUUUUUGGAGGAGAAGCAGAACUACCAGACGACCAAGACUAAGGCCGCCAUGCUGGACUACUACUCCGAUAUGCAGGGCUACUAUUCCGAGGUCGAGGAGUCCGAGACCGUGAAGCAGAAGAAGUCGAGAAACGCGGCGGCUGCUUCUGUGGCUGCGGCGGUUGAUGGCGGAAGCUCCGAAAAGAGCGUGAAACCCGGCGGGUCGGGUCAGCACAGGAGGCUUUGGGUCAAGGACCGGUCAAAGGCCUGGUGGGACGAGUGUAACCAGCCGGAUUUUCCGGAGGAAGAAUUCAAGCAAGCUUUCCGGAUGGGGAAGGCGACGUUUGAUUUGAUCUGCGAGGAGCUCAAUUCGGCUAUAGCUAAAGAGGACACUACUCUCCGGAAUGCGAUUCCGGUGAGGCAGAGGGUCGCGGUUUGUUUAUGGAGGUUGGCUACAGGCGACCCGCUACGGCUUGUUUCGAAGCGAUUUGGGCUGGGGAUAUCGACUUGUCAUAAAUUAGUGCUCGAAGUUUGUUCGGCUAUUAGGACUGUGUUGAUGCCUAAGUACUUGAAUUGGCCGGGGGAUGGGGUUUUGAGGAAGGUGAAGGAUGAAUUCGAGGCGAUUUCGGGGAUACCUAAUGUUGUAGGGUCUAUGUAUACCACUCAUAUUCCGAUCAUUGCUCCCAAGAUCAGUGUGGCAGCGUAUUUUAACAAGAGGCACACGGAAAGGAACCAGAAGACUAGCUACUCUAUUACGGUGCAGGGUGUGGUGAACCCGAAAGGGGUGUUCACCGACGUGUGCAUAGGAUGGCCUGGUUCAAUGCCGGAUGAUCAGGUGCUGGAGAAGUCGGCUUUGCAUCAGAGGGCGGGGAAUGGCUUGCUGAAGGGUGUGUGGAUUGUGGGGAGUUCGGGGUACCCUUUGCUGGAUUGGGUUCUGGUGCCGUAUACACAGCAGCAUCUUACUUGGACGCAGCAUGCGUUCAAUGAGAAGAUUGGGGAGGUUCAGAAUGUAUCGAAAGAAGCGUUUGCGAGGUUGAAAGGGAGGUGGCUGUGCCUGCAGAAGAGGACCGAGGUGAAGCUCCAGGAUUUGCCUGUGGUUCUUGGGGCUUGCUGUGUGCUGCACAAUAUAUGCGAGCUGCGGAACGAGGAAAUCGAUCCAGAGCUGAGGUUUGAGCUUGUGGAUGAUGAGAUGAUUCCAGAGGUUCCUUUGAGAUCACAAAGCUCGUUGAAGGCCAGGGAUGCCAUUGCUCAUAAUCUCUUGCAUCAUGGCCUUGCAGGCACCUCUUUUCUCUAGGAAGAUAUUCGAAUUUUACUUCUAUUCUUUUUUUGCUUACUAAUUAGUUGUAUUGUUGUAGAAGUCAUUCCUCCUUAUUUGUGAUUUCUGUAAAGAGGCUCUGUAAAACUUAGAUACUUCUCCCUUCCACAAUUGGAUGAUUGUAAUCCUUAUAGGGUAAGUUAUACAUGAACAAGAUCACACAUUGUAACGUAAAGAUCCAUACAGUUCAGUUACCAGAUAAGAGAUGAAUGAAAUUGAUAUUCUUUUG